AUGUCCUUUUCAGAAUGGUUACAAGAAUUAUCUAAUAAGAUGAUAUUCCCCAUAGAUUUGCCCAGUCAGAAAUAUACUAAUAGAGUAACACAUAAGUUAUUAUUUUUAUCAUCUAUUAUAUCCGUAGUUUUGGGCAUAAUCUAUGAUUCCAUGAAAACUUUAUUAUACUUUUAUGGUGCAAGUGUUUUGAUAUGUUUAAUAUUAGUGGUACCUGCAUACCCAUCAUACAAUGAAAACAAAUUAAAAUGGGUUGAAAGAGGUAGUAAUGGCAAAAGCAAUAAUUUAGGGAAAUCUAAUAUUGAGAUCGCAGGCUAA